CUCCGCCAUUCCACGGCAAAGUUCAUACCAGCGCGCUACAGACAACAAAGACACACUAACGUGUCGUUUUAGGUGAACAUCUGGGGAUUAUGCAGUACAGCGGACGCAUUUCUACAAAUAUUCUGAAUAUAUCUGUAGGAUUUUCAGUCUUUACAUGAAUGAGAGUAAAGUUUUCGUGGAAGGAUAAAGGGCGACGAGAUGGGAAAUAUGAUACUGGUGGUGCUUCUGCUGCUCCACCUGCCAACAGAGCUGCUGUCCAUUCAGGUGGUUGUUCCACAGACGGAGAGAACAACAACGCUGUUUGCCUCAGUGAUUCUACGCUGCGACUACUCGACUUCAGCAAGCGCUCAGGAUGUCCUGGUCACCUGGAGGUUCAAGUCCUUCUGUAAAGACCCAGUUCUGGAGUACUACUCUGCAGCUUAUCAGGCAGCUCUGCAGCUGGGUCAGGAUCCUGCUAAUGACUGCCCAGACCGCCAGCGUACAGUUCGAACAGUGAUCCAGAAGAGAGGCGUCAAUGAGCCCACCCUGGGUCCGGAGUACAGAAAUCGUAAAAUCACCAUCCAGAACUUGGCGGAUUUAGUGAUAAAUGAGGUGAUGUGGUGGGACAACGGUGUGUAUUACUGCACCAUCUACGCUGCUGGAGACGCAACAGGAGACUCGGAUCGUGAGAUCAAACUCAUGGUGUUACACUGGCUGACUGUCCUGUUUAUCAUCAUCGGCUUUCUCCUGCUCAUCAUGCUUUUCGGUAUAUGCUGCUGCCAGUGCUGCCCACAGAAGUGCUGCUGCUACAUUCGCUGUCCAUGUUGUCCUCAGACGUGCUGCUGCCCAGAAAAGGCUGUGAUGCAGCACCGGAUGCUGCAAGAGGCCCAGAAGGCUAUGGUUCCUUGGAUAAAUGGUCAACCCAUUUAUGCUCCCAUCAGCUCCAAUGCCUCCUCCCAGGGUGUGCCCAUAAUGUAUUCAGGUUCGUAUACAGAUUACCCAACCAAACAAGACUUUGCCAUGGCUCCCAUGCAGCUGUCACCCAUGGCCUUGCAGCAGCAGCCUCCUCCCCCCCCACAUCACCAUCAUCGUGUCAAUGGGAGUCUGCGCAGCAAUGGUCAAGGUACCAAUCAGGUUUUGGACUACCUGGAGAAUCAGGUGAGGGGGCUGGAUGUUGGAGCACUUCAAAUAGCUCCACAUACUGUUCAAAAUAUGCCUCCCCUGCAGCCUCAGCCCACUCCUCCAGUAGUCCCCUACACACCUGGGCCCCCGAGCAUGUUGUCAACGCUGGAUGAGAUGGGGGUGAGGGGGAUGGAGAGAAGGGUGAUCACUCUGCCUCCUAUUGUCCAGCGUGUACCCAGCUUUUCCACACGUAGGGGUCCUGCUGGUGGAGAUGUAGGCAGGGGUGGGCCCAGAAUGUCCAGCCAAUCCAGUGGGAGCACCAGUCGCUCUGGAGGAGGCUUCCCCAGAGACAGCCGUGGGUACAGAGAGAGAGAUGUCUCUCCUCCAAGACGGGGGAUCCUGCGUGAUUAUAGUGACGAUUCAGAUUGGGACAACAGGCGCGGAAGAGCACCACACAGGGGCUCACGGAAUGAAAGAGGAGGUUCAGCUGGGAGGAGAGGAGGCGGGUCUAGGCCACGUACCCGAAGUCGGGAUGACCUGAUGGAGGAGCUGCAAAGCAGAGCAGCUCGGAGAGAGAGGAGCUACUCUCCUCCUCAGCAUCGCAGAGGGUCCUGGAGCUCAGAUGAGGAGGACAGUAGAAGGAGAAAAGGAGGCAAAGGGAGGGAUUGGCCAGAGAAACCCCCAAGCUACUCCUCCAUUGAGCUCCAGUCUGGACGCAGUAAUGGACGCAGGAACUACGAUCGCUUUUCUGAUAGAGGCUCCAAUAGCAGCACCAGCGUAGUGAUCUGAAACAUUUCUUUUUCUUCACAACGGUGAAAAUAAAGACAAAUAAGGUUGUAAUUAAAAUGAGUUGUUGUGAAAUCUAAAAUCUAAUUGUGAAAAUAUGCUAGAAGAGCAUAUUUGUACUCUGUAUGCAUCAUUUCAGUUCAGGCUGUAAUCGUGGAUAAUAUACAGUCCUGUUAAGGUUGGACUUUUUUUUUUUUACUUCAAUGUUCAAUAAUGUAAGAGUUCUCCAAACCACUUGUCUUACUUUUUGUGUGUGUUCUUUUUGAUGAUAAAAAUAAACGUCCUUUUUUGCAAAUGUAAAUAUACAGUCUCCACAAGCAGAUGUUGAAUACUGUGAUGUUCAUUCGUAUUGUUAAAUAUGCCUUUUUCCUCAUUUUUAAGUAUUUCUUUUUGCCUAUUUUUUUUAUCAUUCUUUUUAUAUUUAUGUGUAGUAAAAUAAGUUGGCAGAAAUGGACAUUUGUAAGAUAACAGAUUAGUCAACAUUUUGAAAGCUGUUAUUGUAGAUACAUGUCAGUAAAAUACUGUUCAUAGGUGAUUUUUGUUAACUUUUUUUGUUAUAAACAGAGAUGUAUAA